UGGGUGGAACAUCACAAGCACCCUCCUAUAUAUAUAGCAAACCUUAGUCAGUGAAAUCUGAAAAGCAGGUCCACUACAGAUCAUCUCCACCAUGAAGCUGACAGUUGUCUUUCUGCUCAUCACCCUAAUGGUGUGCUGCUAUUCAGAUACUGCUGUAGAGGAUUGUCAUCUCAGUGACAUCUUCACCAAGUUCCUUGAUGGCCCAUCGGAGGACUACUUGAAAGUGAUUGCUCCUUUUUCAACCAGCGCUGAUAUGACUGAAGCAGCUUCACGGAUGAAACAAUGUGCCCUUGAAGCUCUAGAGCAAGAGCUGCUGGCAAGAAAGGAAGUGCUGAAAAAUAUCCUGGCAAAGUGUGCAGAGAUACCAAAACUUCCUCUGGUCUGAAUUUUUGAAGACUACGAUGUGCAUUGAAGUAGCAACUGGAUGUGAUUCCUUCUUACUAAUCUUCAUGAUCCUGAAAUAUAGAAGGGCCCUUUCUCUCCUUUAAAAAAAAAAACAAUAAUAUUUUUCAUCGCAAUCUGGAACUUCCAAAUGCUUUCUCCAUUUCACUUACUGUUUACUUAAUAAACAAAAAGAGCAUGUAA